AUGGCCCCAAUCAACCUGUCCCAUCGGCGGACGCAUAAUCUUUUACUUAUUUCCAAAUUGCUCAAUUUGAGAGAUACCGCGUCGCCGUUUACCCUGCUGCUUGACUCGUUGGAGCAGCCGGCGACACCCUUGCUCAAAGAAUAUAUCAGACGUGCGAAGCUCUCCAAAGUCCAUGUCACUCUCAUUUCAUUCGAAACGCUCCGCAAACCAGAUGGCGUCGAUGCAUUCAUUUCCGCUCGCCGCAAGAGUCCGGCGGAUAUCAUGUCCGAAGUAGCUUCAGCAUACCAGCCUGCUAAACAGAAUGGUCCACCGCAACGCCGCCUCAUCCUAAUCGACGCCAUAAACCCACUUCUAAGCUCCAAAAAGCCAGACCCAACCUUCCAACUAGCCUCCUUCCUAGGAUCAUUCAUCACACCCCGAGAUCCAUCAACACCCAAAGCCGACGCCUCACUAGUGGUAGCAUACCACACCGACAUCCCAGGCCUACUACCAGUGCACCAACAAGCGCCAAACCCCUACAAACCCGCCCACCUCUCCAUAUUAACCUACCUCGCCACAAGCAUAAUAACCCUACACUCAUUCUCGCACAUCCUCGCGCAAAAAGCAGCGCGGGACCGAAGCCUCGUCGCCCCAGUCUUCGGCCUGGACGAAGAACAAGAUGGCGUCAUCCUCGGACGUCUGGAUAAAUUGACCGGGACAGGUGCUGCGGAGGGGAUUGUGCUUGAACUGGAACAUCGGCGGAAGAGUGGACGCGGUGUGUUGGAGUGGUAUAUUCUUCCUCCUGCGUCGCGGUAUGCGGCGUCACAUGUUAAGGAGGUUGUUACGCUUUUGGAUGAUAAUGUUCUUUAUAAUCCGCCUAUGGAGCUAGAUGAUCGUGCGGAAGAUGAGGAGCCGAAGUCGACGUUUGAGCUUGGGCUUACGGAUCGACAGAGGCGGGAUAGGGAGGGGGUUGUUUUGCCUUAUUUUGAUGCGCAGUAUGGGGAUGGGCCUGGGGAGGGGGGGGAGGAUUCUUUAUGA